AUGUGUCAAUGGACAAAGACAAUCACCAAGUGCAAGAAAUGUGGCUAUGAACUUGACGCCGAGCGAUCUCAGGCAAGAUGCGACGGCCUGGUCAAGCAGGGGAAAUGCAGCGGAGAGAAGCCAGAAGUCAAAGUCGAGAAGACAAGGGAUACUGAUGCAUGCCUGGAGUGCACAAAGCCCAGGCCUUAUGCUGCAACUGCAGCUUCAGCCAAGAAACUUAGACAGCAAGUUGAGGCUUGA